UCCUGGAAAUGUACUCUAAUAAUGUUACUUCUCAUCAUCCCACAGUGUACCCCAGGGCCGGCACUGGGGUCGGUGAAGGGAGAAGCCGUCAGUGCUGUGUGGCUGCUAAAUGGACGGGCCAGGAGGUCUGUGAACACACUGGAUAAGGCCUCCCCACCCAAAGGAGAAAUAAUGGUGACUACCAAAGAACGACAACUCAUCUUGGAAGUUGAGAAGAAUCACCUCCUGCUCUCCCCACAGUACACUGAGACGCAUUACUCUGCCGAUGGCCAGAAGGUGACGCUGUCCCCAAAUCACACUGACCAUUGCUAUUACCAUGGACAAAUACAGGGACAUCAGGAAUCCUCUGUCGCCAUUAGCACCUGCGCGGGAAUCAGGGGUCUGAUAGUUCUAAACCGCAAUAACAGCUUCUACCUGGAACCCCUGGCAGUGCCAGGCCACAGAACCCACAUGCUGUACCGCACAGAGCACUUGCCCCUGUCAGAAGGAAGCUGUGGCCAUGGUAGCCACGUGGGACAAGCCACUGACCACUUGAACAGUUUUCUAUCCCAGCCGAGUCAUCACAGGAUGAAGAGGAAUGUGUGGGGAACCCAGAAGUUCAUGGAGUUAUUUAUUGUUGCUGAUCACAGCUUGUACCGUCGCCAAAACAUGAAUCUUGGACUUACAAAACAGCGUAUACUCGAAAUUGCUAAUUUUGUGGACAAAUUUUACAUGUCAGUUAACAUAAAGGUAGCUCUGAUUGGCCUUGAAGUCUGGACAGAGAGGGACCAAUGUGAGGUGACAGACGAUGCUAAUUACACUCUGCGCUCCUUCCUGUUGUGGAAACAGAAAUCUAAGAAGAAACAUGAUAAUGCUCAGCUUCUGACUGGCAUUAAAUUCAGAGGGACAACCAUUGGGAUGGCACCACUGGAAGGAAUGUGCACGCCCGAAAAUUCUGGGGGUGUCAGCAUGGACCACGCAGAUGUUGCAGUUGGAGCUGCGGCUACGAUGGCUCAUGAAAUUGGUCACAAUUUCGGAAUGAGCCAUGACAAUGAAGGCUGCUGUGUGGAGGCCACACCAGAGCAAGGAGGAUGCAUCAUGGCGGCAGCUACUGGCCACCCAUUCCCCCGCAAGUUCAGCUCAUGCAGUCAGCAUCAACUUCGGAGCUAUUUACAAAAGGGUGGUGGGAUGUGCCUCUUCAACAUGCCAAAUACUAAAGACCUAGUUGCAGGGAAGAAGUGCGGGAAUGGGUUCCUGGAGGAGGGCGAGGAGUGUGACUGUGGAGAACCAGAGGAGUGUACCAAUCCCUGCUGUCAUGCUAAUAACUGCACUUUAAAAGCUGGAGCCCAGUGUGCGCAUGGAGACUGCUGCCAGAAUUGUAAGCUAAAGGUGGCAGGAACCCUGUGCCGUGAGGUUUCUGGAUCAUGUGACCUGCCUGAAUUCUGCAAGGGAGAUGCCCCCUACUGCCCGCCUAAUGUCUACAUGCUGGAUGGGUCUCCCUGUGCUUACGGGGAAGCGUAUUGUUUUAAUGGAAUGUGUCUGACCCACCAACAGCAGUGUGUGGAUCUCUGGGGAUCAGGUGCAUGGACAGCCCCCGACAACUGCUUCAUAGCAGUGAACAAGGCAGGUGACAAAUACGGAAACUGUGGCAGAAAACGACAAGGGCAUUACGUGGCGUGCAAGACUGAGGAUGCCAAGUGUGGCAAGAUCCAGUGCCAAAGCAGUGCUGCAAAACCAAAGGACUCCAACAUGGUUUCCAUGGACACUAACAUUUGGCAUGAAGGUUACCCCGUGAAGUGUCGAGGGACAUAUUCAUAUUCUGUGCAAGAAGAUGAUAGUGACUCAUCAGAUCCAGGACUGGUCAUGACGGGGACAAAGUGUGGAGAUGGCAUGGUCUGCAGAGAUCAGCGGUGUCAAAAUGCAUCUUUCUUUGAGUAUGACAAGUGUUUGUCGCAGUGUAAUGGGAAUGGGAUAUGCAACAGCAACUGGAACUGCCACUGUAAUUCGAGAUGGGCCCCUCCAAAUUGUGACAAACCUGGCCAAGGUGGAAGUGUGGACAGUGGUCCUGUGACAGAUGAUUUCCAUGAUGGUCUAAUGGUGUUUCUACUUCUACUCUUCCUGGUGUUCCUGCCAAUUGUGGCUUUUGGCAUCUUCUACUGGUACCGUCAGCCGGGGUCUAGUUUGAACAAGUGGCUGAGAAAGACCAAAGCAAAGUGCGGAAUGGGAAAAUCCGGCAAUCAGAAGAAAAAUAAAGGACAUUCUAAUGCAGUUUCUGCGCUACGCAGCUUUACCACCCCUUCUAGUACACAGAAGGGAACUUGGGGAGUAUUUCAAACCAAGGCCACUGCAUCUUCAAACAAUUCCCAGCCUGUGAAUAUUGUCCGCCCUCUUCGUCCUGCUCCCAACCCAGUCACCAAGUCUACAGUGGAGGCCAAGCCUUUAAGACCUCUUGCACCAGUUAAGACAUCAAUGAGUGUCAAAGCAAAAGAGGUCCAUGUCCAUGUGAAAUUGCUUCCUCCAAAGAAGCCUCUUCCCUCAUGUCCUGUGAGGACAACACAGUUAAACCCACCUCGCAAACCACUGCCUGGGAACCCCACCCAGAAAGACUUACUUCUAGUGAAGACCCCAGAUAUCAAACCACCACUUACCAACUCUGCUGUCCAGCUGAAAGGACAACACAGGCCAAAACCAGGUGGCAAAGUUCAAGCUGCAGCUGCUGCCUUUCUUCAAAUCAAAUAAGGACCUGGGACUAUAUUGUGACAAGAAACCAAAAGAAAUUAUUUUUGAUGUUUGCACUAUAUGGAAUUACAUGACCAAAGGUUUUGAUGGAAUUAGUGCAAACUUUCAGCCAUAUUUCAUUGGAUUUGUGGAAGCCCUGCACUUUGGAUAUGCUCUAUUAUCAAGAUUUUCCUCGUCCCAUUUCUUUCAGGCUGGGGUCAGGCUUGGAUUAUAUUAAGGAGUGCUGGGAAUUUUCUCAUUUAUCUUUAGUUGCCAAUGGACCAUGUUGUGAAUUCUAAAGCAUUAUUUAAAUCCUAAUAAGGAAUUAUGGUGCCAACUGUACAAAACAAACAAGUUGAUUUUUUAAUAUCGAGAACAUGAUUCAAUUGUUCACUGGUAUUCUCAUGUUUCCAUAUUUUUCUGGAAGCCCAGGUGGAGCCUUCUCCUGGAUUGCGCACAAGACUGAAAACUGGGAUUGUUGGUCUCCUCAUACAUAGAUGGAUAUGGUAAACCUCUGCCUUUAUCUCAACAUUCCAGUGUCUCUGUGGUCUCCAUUGUAUAACAUCAUUGUCAAGAUCAACAUAAAUUAGAAAGGAUUCAUAGCUAGAUAUUAGCUUUCAGUGCAAGUGUGAGGUGUGUGAUGCAGUCUGAAGUUACUGGCUAUUUUCUUGGACAAAUGGUGGGUCAGUUCUUACUAUUUUGUCUACACAUCUCCAGUAAGACCUAGAUAUCUGUGAAUAAUCCUUAUCAGAUAAAGUAUUUAUUACCUGGACAAUCCUUGGUAAUAGAACAUGAGUCUACAUUGCACUGAAGCAGUGACCGUUGUUUACAACCAGUGUUAAUCCUUCCUGCAGCCAGUAUAGCCAAACAAUGAAGACAACCUCCAAGACCCCAAGAAGCUAUGGAAUCAAAAUAAUGAAAAUGGAGUUUAAAACAAUGACACUGGGUACUAAACCAAAUACAUAAAUGGUGAAUCUGAAUAAUUAUAUGCUUUAGCUAUAUAUGGGGUUUUGUAAACCAUAGACAGGACAAAGCUAUAAGAGACAAUGGGCCAAGUACCCAUUUAAGGGUCUCUCUAAUCCACCCAUGGGUCUCUGGAAUACAUAUGUAGGUCUUUCAACAUCACUUCUGUACAUCUGUAGAUGACUUUGCACUGUACCCAUGUUCUCCACUAUGGGUCAACUCUGGUCCUUUGCAAAAUGCUGAACUAAAAGCAGGAAAAAUGAAAGAAUGGUAGUGAAAUUUCCAAUGAAGUCAUUACCACUUAAUGUUAGAGUAAAAGCCAUAGAGGCGCACUUCAUGCUGGAGGUAACCUGGCACUGUGCAAUAUGUAGAGUAUUUAUAAUACAUAGUCUAUGAAAAUGGUGCUGUAUCCUGGACCUAUGCACUGAUUUUAUGAGGUCCUUCUAGUGCCCUCUGUCCGAUUUACUAUUCCAUUCAAACAACAUUCUCUACGUUUUGUUUCUGACCACUUCUGAGCUUAUGUUUGAUGGUCCAUGCAUUACUUUAUCUCAUCCCUGUAUCAGGAAAAUUAUUGGUCCAGUCAUAGACGCCUCACAGGAUACCAUUGAUUAAUGUAAGGUAUAUAAUCCAGUUCAGAAUUUAGGAGAGAAGAUUUUUUAAUGAAACUGUGUUGAGGAAUUUUUAAUGGUGCUGAUACAUCACCAAUUCAAAGUGUCAAUAGUAACACUUUACCACGGUGAGCUAAAAUGCAAAACCAAUUGUAGCAUAGUAGACAAAACCAAAUAAAGUGUGUUUGUGCUCAUAAAAUUGGUUUAAAAGACACCAGGAAAGUAAACAAGUUGUGAUGAUCGGAUAGUAACAAUUAUAGCUUUUGUAACUGUUGAGAAGUUAAGCAACUGUCUCACUAUUACACUCUAUCUCCUCUGAUAGUGCCACUCCAAAUUACCUAUCAAUCCAAACACCAGUCCAUGACUUGACCACCCUCGCAGCAAGAAGCUAUAGACAACUGUGAAUACAAAUCAAACACAGUUCCCAGUUUCCUCUAUCUCCAUUUUCUAUUGCAUCAUAUUAAGAAUUGUGUACGUCUAAUGAAGAUAUUUAAAAUCAAUAAAAAGACGAAGAGCAAUUCGUCCAUAUUAUGGAAAUGGAAGACAUAGACACUAAAACAAAUAUAUUAAUACAUUUAAAAAAAUAA